AAGUUUUUUUCUGGGGAUUUCCGAAUAAAAAAUCAGAAGAAAAUAUGUCGCUUAAAUUUAACGAAGCGCUGAAAAUUCUUUCAGAAGGUCUACCUAAACCCUCGAAUCCUGAGAGUAAACUAUACACCCAAGAUGCAGUCGAAAUGUCCGUGAAGAUAAAUCUGGAACUAAUUAAUAUGAAUUCAAUUUUCAAGGAAAAAGUGAGUGGCUGGAUAGACACGUGCACCUACCUUCAAAAGGAUAUUUACAAAAUAUGGAUACCCCUUCUUUGCAUCAACAUGCCAUUCAAGAUAGAGCCUCGCUUAGUUGGGGGCCAUCCAUUCAGAGUCUAUAGGCUCAAGACGUCUGCCUACCAUCCAGCAGUUGAGAACGGAUAUGUCAAUGGCCUCAAGCUAACCAAACUUUUUUGCUGGGAUAUGAGCCAAGCUAUCCUAAGAAUGGGCAAGAUCAAUUGUAAAAGUGGCAGGACAUACAACUCCCUACACACUGAAUUGUUCGAGCGUGACGGAAAUCAAUAUUUUAAAAUUGUUAUCAAGGAAUACGAAGAGCAGGAAGCGCCCUCAAUAUUGUAUCAAUUCACAAUAAGUUUUACUUUCUCGAAGGAAUCUAAAGUGUCGGAGCUCAAGGCAAUUUUCGGCAUGGAAUAAUUAAAAACUAACAAUUAUAACUACUCAUAGCGUUAGGAAGAAUAUCUUCAAAUAAAUAAUAAUAAUAAUCAUAAUAAUAAAAAAAUAAACACAUUUUUCUUCGGGACUCUGGACAAU